AGCCAGUAAUCGAAAAAAAGUGAAGCGUAAAAACUAAACGGUACUUGGAAAAUUUACUUUGCCUGUGUGCGUGCUUCUGUUUAUGAAAACUACGUUUUUAAGCAUUUGUAAUUGUUGCAACGUAGCGUUGGAAGGAAAAAAACAGCGAGUGGAAACGCCCGGGUGGCGGAAAUCGACUUCCAGUGCGCGAGUGCAAGAUUGUGUGUGUGCUUCGUUCCGUCCUCUGGUGUCUGGCACCUUAACACAACAACAACUACUGCAGCAGCAGCAACAACAACAACAACAACAACAACAACAACAACAACAAUAGUAAGCAGCAGCAACAACAUACGCACAAUAAUAAGAAGGCCCGUGACGUUGUCGCUGCCGUCACCAUCAAAAGGAAAAAAACCAAAACGAGCAGAAAAACAAACCGCAGUGCAGUAGGGAAAGCUAAAGUUGCGUUAUUUUACAAAACUAGGUUCUUCAUUCGCUUGUCCCUAGGGUUUGUGAAACAGCCUCAACACGAAUUUCCUACCGUUUGCCCAUCAGCGGCGAUCGACUGUGGUUGCCAGCGCCCCAGCGCCAGGAUCUGCCUCUAGGAUCCCGGAAUCGCCCAGCACCACAGGGAGCAGCAGCAUUAACAUCAUCUACAGCAAAACCACCCAUCCAAAUAACAGCCAUACCAGCGGCAGUACAGAGAAAUUUAGCUGGCAGCAAUCCUGGCCAGGCAGGACCUCCUCAGCCCUUACAGACGAAUCCGGAACCAUGUCAGUAAACACAACUUUCGACCUCAGCUCGCCCAGCGUUACAUCGGUGCGUGCGCCACCGGUACAGGUCGUAAAGGAGGGGUGGCUGUCGAAAAGGGGCGAGCACAUAAAGACCUGGCGCCAGCGCUACUUCGUGCUCCACUCCGAUGGGAAACUGAUGGGCUACCGCAGCAAGCCGGCAGAUAGUGCCAGUACGACAUCGGAAUCCGUGCUCAAUAACUUUACGGUGCGCGGCUGCCAGAUCAUGACCGUCGAUCGGCCAAAGCCAUACACCUUCAUCAUCCGCGGCCUGCAAUGGACCACGGUAAUCGAGAGGACAUUCGCCGUCGAAUCGGAAUUGGAGCGCCAGCAGUGGACGGAGGCCAUUCGCAACGUAUCCAGCCGGCUCAUUGAUGUGGGUGAGGUGGCUAUGACGCCAUCUGCUCAGGCAGACAUGAGAGACGUGGACAUGGAGAACGUGGACUUCGCCGACAUUGCCGAGGACGAGCUUUCCGAGCAGUUUUCCGUACAGGGAACGACUUGUAAUAGCAGCGGCGUUAAGAAAGUGACUUUGGAGAAUUUUGAGUUCCUCAAGGUGCUUGGCAAGGGCACCUUUGGUAAGGUUAUUCUGUGUCGCGAGAAGGCAACCGCCAAGCUGUACGCGAUCAAAAUUCUUAAAAAGGAGGUCAUUAUUCAAAAGGACGAGGUGGCCCACACCCUGACGGAGAGUCGUGUGCUCAAGUCAACAAAUCAUCCGUUCCUCAUUUCACUCAAAUAUUCGUUUCAAACCAACGACCGCCUCUGUUUCGUGAUGCAGUACGUGAACGGUGGCGAGCUCUUCUGGCAUUUAAGCCACGAACGUAUAUUUACAGAGGAUCGAACCCGGUUUUAUGGAGCAGAGAUCAUUUGUGCUCUGGGCUAUCUGCACUCGCAGGGCAUCAUUUAUCGCGACUUGAAGCUGGAAAAUCUUUUGCUGGACAAAGAUGGCCACAUCAAGGUCGCAGACUUCGGUCUGUGCAAGGAGGACAUCACCUACGGCCGCACAACGAAAACCUUCUGCGGUACACCGGAAUACCUAGCUCCGGAAGUAUUAGAUGACAAUGAUUAUGGCCAAGCGGUGGACUGGUGGGGCACUGGCGUGGUUAUGUACGAGAUGAUCUGUGGUCGUCUUCCGUUUUACAAUCGUGAUCAUGAUGUGCUCUUUACAUUGAUUUUGGUGGAGGAGGUGAAAUUCCCGCGCAAUAUCACAGAUGAGGCGAAAAAUCUGCUAGCUGGUCUCCUAGCUAAGGAUCCCAAGGAGCGUUUGGGAGGUGGAAAGGAUGAUGUCAAGGAAAUACAAGCACAUCCCUUUUUUGCGAGUAUUAACUGGACAGAUCUACUGCUAAAAAAAAUACCGCCGCCUUUCAAGCCUCAGGUCGCAUCCGAUACGGACACAAGGUACUUCGACAAUGAGUUUACGGGAGAGAGUGUGGAGUUAACGCCGCCGGAUCCCACUGGACCGUUGGGUUCCAUAGCCGAAGAACCGCUUUUCCCGCAGUUCAGCUACCAAGGAGACAUGGCCUCCACGUUGGGCACCUCGUCGCACAUUAGUACUUCCACAAGUCUCGCAUCGAUGCAAUAGAACAAGUUUACAAACUUCUACAAGCACACAUCAUGUUCUGCUUCAUCACCUAUUACUAUACUAUACCUAUAACACAUAGAAAUGGGCAAAAGAAAACAACAGCAAGAAAUAUAUUAAAUAUUAAUUAUACCAUGAUAACGAAGGCAAGCAAAGGGUUUUCUUGCUAGUUUAUAUACACCAAUAAUAAGAGAAUUGAAUUGAUAGUAACUUAUUUUUGUAUAACGAGAAAGGGAACGUUGAAAGAAAGGGCAGCAGCAGAAGCCGAGGAAAAUAAUUUACUACAUAUGAUUAUACACAUAUAUAUAUAUAUAUAAAUAUAUAUACAUAAUUAUAUAUACAACUAAAUAUAACACUUGGGGCAUUGCGCUUGAAGUGAUUAGUUAAUUUUAAACGCAAGGAAAACAUUUAACCAAGCGACUCAGAGCGGUGCAUUCUAGUGGUAGGAUAAGGCAUGCAUCAUAGGAUCGCAUCGUCUGGGGGACGCUUAAGCUGAUUGAUUAUACAGAUUAUUCACGCAGACAGCACUCACACAGCCACUUAGCAUAUAGCGAACAUGAAGUUUAGUUAACUGGACAGCAACAAAUCGAAAUACACAUAUUCAAUACCGCCCCCACAUGCAACACUCGUAUAUAUACAUUAUUUAUACUCCAAAGAAGCAAAAAAGAAACAGAAACAAUUACAAGUUAUAUAUAAUGUUAAAAUUGCCUCUAAUGUGCUGUGCUUUAUGCAAAACUACAACAACAGAAACAAACAAACUAAUAGUUAAUAAACGAGGGAAACGUACAUCAAUGCAGUUUAUAGGCGCCAAUAAUUAGCAAACAACUAAAAGUUAUAUUCAGGCAUAAACAUAUUUCGAAACAAUAACGGCAACAGCAAAAUUAUUACAAUUGACGCCAUUUUUAUUAUAAUUUUUUACGGAAAAUAUAUAUUUGUAAAUAUUUAUAAAAAGCAAAAACUUUUAAAUGAGUAAAUGCAAAAAAAAAAAAAAACUGUCGGGUGGAAAAUGGAAGUCACCAUUUGAGGCCACAGAAAAGGUUUAACCUUUGAUACAAGAAAAAAUGUAUCUUUGUCAUUUCAUUUUUGGCAUUGAAAAGUUCAUAACAAGUUUUGUAUACUUAGAGCAAGUCAGCAAAAAACAAAAAAAAAUAUAUAAAUCAACCUCAACAGACUUACAAAUAGUUCCAAAAGGAAGAUUAAAAAUUAUAUAAACAGAAAAAAAACCUAAAAGAAAAUAAAGAAUUUUUGAUAUUUUUAUAUGCGCAAUAAAAACAAAAAUCAAGAAUAAAACGAAACAAAAAGGUUAUUUUAUAUUUCGUAAAGAAAACAAAAUAAAUAUUGUAAAUAAAAAUUAUUAAAUAAAAUCAAGUUCGGGCAUUUCAACUGAAAACAAAGAAAUUGAAAGCAUAAUCUCUCUCUAAAUGUUAAACAAAACUUAUCAAUCGAUGAACACAAUAAACAGCAAACAGUAAAUCGAAAA